AUGCAUGCAUGCGUCUUCACAAAGUCAGUUAACCUGCUUGUUUGGACUUGUGAGCGCGUGCAGUCCUGGCUCGACUCAAUUGGCCUUAAGGAAUACGCCCCCCACCUGGGUGGCAGUGGUGUUCAUGGUGGAGUCAUCGGUCUACAUCCCGAUCUCGAUGUUUCCCAGCUAGCUCUUCUCCUCCAGAUACCAACAAGCGCCACAACAGCCCGCAACAUUCUUGCGCGUGAACUAGGGGAUCUAGUGGACCGCUUCCGCGCUAGUGUUCCCACUGCUGCAGCCACUCUUGGUCCCGCACCUCGCGUUCUGGCGUUAGAGGCAGCAGCCCGAACAAGGCAGCAACAACAGCAACAGCAGAUGCAAUCACAACGGCUGCAGCAUUCUGUCAACGAGCUUGUUGGAGAGUGUUUAAUGCCAAGCAAAGAUCCUAACGACUCCGAGGUAUUUGCCUAG